CAACAAUUUAAUUUUGUUCAUAUAAAUUUGUAUUAAUUUGUUCCGUCAAUUUACCCGUGUGAUUUUAUAAUAGCACUGCUAAACAUGGCCGAACUCGUAGACAAAAUUCUUCUUGAAAUAGAAAGACUUAAUGAAGCCGAUUCUCUUGAAUUAUCUCGUCUAUUAGCUGUUAAUCAUCAAACUGUCGUAGGAGCAAUUAAAAGUUUACAGUCUCUUGGUGAUAUUAUUAAAGUUGAAGAUGUACAAAACAAGCGAUGGGAACUGACUGAAGAAGGCAAUUCAAUACUAAAGAAUGGUAGCCAUGAAGCCUUAGUUUACCAAGCUAUACCCAAUGAUGGCAUUGUUCAGGCACAGCUUAUGGCAACUGUCCCAAAUGCCAAAGUGGGAUUCAGUAAAGCUAUGUCAGCAGGUUGGAUUAAAGUAGACAAGAAUUGUGAAGGGGGCCCAAGAGUUUUUAGACAGGUUGAAAGUAUCAAAGAUGUGGUCAAAGAAUGUUUAGAAAAGAUAGCAAAUUUAGGAAUAGGAGAUGUAACUGAUACAGAAAAAAAUGAAUACAAAAAAAGAAAACUCAUUACUGAGGUAAAGGAAACAAGUUAUAAAAUUAAAAAGGGAGAAAAUUUCACCACUACAGUUAGCAAACCACAAGUUGAUUUAACACCUGAGAUGAUAUCUAGUGGCAGCUGGAAGACCACACAGUUCAAACCCUAUAACUUUCAAGCAUUAGGUGCUCCUGUAACAACUGGUCAUCUCCAUCCUCUGCUGAAAGUUCGGGAGCAGUAUCGACAAAUAUUUUUAGAAAUGGGAUUUUCAGAGAUGCCAACAAAUAAUUAUGUUGAGUCCAGUUUUUGGAAUUUCGAUGCUCUAUUCCAGCCACAGCAACAUCCUGCCAGAGAUGCACAUGAUACUUUCUUUAUAAGUGACCCUGCCACAGCUAGUGCUUUUCCAAUGGAUUAUUUAGAAAAAGUAAAAGAGGUUCACAGCAUUGGUGGCUAUGGUUCACAAGGAUAUAAGUAUGACUGGAAAUUAGAAGAGGCAGAGAAGAACAUUUUGAGAACACACACUACAGCAGUCAGUGCAAGGAUGCUGUACAAACUAGCACAGGAGAAAGAAUUCAGACCUGUGAAGUAUUUUUCAAUAGACAGAGUGUUCCGCAAUGAAAAUUUAGAUGCUACACAUUUAGCUGAAUUCCAGCAAAUUGAGGGAGUGGUUGCAGACCGUGGUCUAACACUUGGUGACCUUAUGGGCACGAUCAACCAAUUCUUUUGUAAACUUGGUAUAACCAAUCUUCGCUUCAAACCUGCAUACAAUCCAUACACAGAACCAAGUAUGGAAAUAUUCAGCUAUCAUGAAGGUUUAAAGAAAUGGGUAGAAAUAGGUAACUCUGGAGUGUUUCGUCCUGAGAUGUUACUUCCAAUGGGUCUGCCAAAAGAUGUUUCUGUAAUUGCUUGGGGGUUAUCAUUGGAAAGACCCACCAUGAUCAAGUAUGCCAUUGACAACAUCAGAGAUUUAGUUGGGCCAAAAGUUAACUUGAAGAUGGUCUAUGACAAUCCUUUAUGUAGGCUGGAAAAAUAAAUGAACUAGAAACAAAAAUUUACUUAAUUUUAUGUGAUAAUUAAAAAGCGACUUAAACCAAACAA